CUUGGUAAGUCUGAGUCUAUUGCCAUCGUCCGCUAGUCUUUAGUUACACUUAGUUUGUCUUACUUUAAUUUUACUUUUGCUCUCAUUGUGUUCGUAAUUUGUUGUUCGUUCAAAUUUGUAAACCGUUUCCGUCAUCGUUUUUAAGGCUUGUGGUAUUGGAUUUUUCAAGUCCAUCAUCGUAAAACGGUAUAGAAAUGCCGACCUAUGAAGAAAACUUCUUUAAUUACAAGCCAGCAAAGUUACCUGAAAGCCUAGCACAUCUACCAGAGCGUGUAGGUGAAACUUUUGCAAAUAAAACGUUGUUCAUUACUGGCGGAUCAGGUUUUUUAGGAAAAGUUCUUAUUGAGAAGAUUUUACGAAAAUCUCCAGAUGUUAAAAGAAUAUAUAUACUUUUGCGACCUAAGAAGGGAAAUAAUCCUAAACAAAGAAUCGAAGCUCUAUUUUCUUCUGUGUUGUAUGAUUACUUAAAAGAAUUGCAUGGUGCAGAUAUCAUAAAAAAGAUUUUUCCUAUAGCUGGAGAUGUUUUGGAACCAGAAUUAGGCAUAAAUAAAGAAGAUCGAAAGAUACUCACCGACGAAGUAGACAUAGUUUUCCACGCCGCUGCUACCAUUCGUUUUGAUGAGCCUUUAAAAAAAGCUGUUCUAUUGAAUACCAGAGGAACUAAAUUUAUGCUAGCGUUGGCAAGAGAAAUGAAAAAUUUAAAGUUAUUUGCAUACAUUUCGACAGCGUACUGUCAUCUGGACGAAAAAGUGUUGUACGAAAAACCAUACCCUCCACCAGCAGAUCCAAACAAAGUUAUUCAAAGCAUGGAAUUGUUAGAUGAAUCUUUUGUUGAAACUAUUUCCAAAGAAGUUCUUGGAACCUUUCCUAACUCUUACGCAUUCACAAAAUGUCUUUCUGAACACUUAGUGUCUGAAGAAAGAAAAACUGGAAUGCCAGUUGUAAUAACUCGUCCAUCAAUUGUUAUUCCUGUUUGGAAAGAGCCUUUGCCCGGUUGGACAGAUAAUAUAAAUGGUCCUGCGGGUUUACUUAUUGGCGCCGGUAAAGGAGUCAUUCGGACAAUGUAUUGUGAUAACAAAGGUUACGCUGAUUUCUUGCCAGUCGACAUAACUGUUAAUGGUCUUCUUUUAUUUAUUUGGAAUUACUUGGAAAAUAAUGACAAAGACAGAUGGAUUGGGCAUUUGACAUCAAGUCAAGAAUGGCAAAUUACAUGGCAAGAAAUUAUCGACAUUGGUAAAGAUAUAGUAACUCAUGAGGUACCGUUGAAUGGUUGUGUAUGGUAUCCUGGAGGCAGUAUGAAGUCUAGUAAGCUUCAUCACGAUAUUUGUGCGUUCUUUUUACAUACUAUUCCAGCUUACUUUUUGGAUGCAAUAAUAUAUUUGUCUGGAAACAAACCAUGCCUUGUUCGUAUACAAGAUAGAAUUAACAAAGGAUUUGAAGUGUUUGGAUAUUAUGCAAAUAAUCAAUGGGAAUUUAGAAAUGAACAUGUUCACCACUUGAGAAAAAUUAUGAAUGCUCGAGAAAAGUUUGAAUACAAAAUAGAUGGAGCUGACAUGAAUAUUAGAAAUUAUUUUAGAGACUGUAUUAUGGCUUCUCGUAUUUACAUAUUAAAGGAAAUGCCUGAUACUUUACCGGGUGCAAGAAGACAUAUGAAAAUAAUGUAUUGUGUCGAUAUAAUAGCCAAAAUAUUGUUCUUCGGUCUUCUAUUGUGGACCUUAUUCAAGUGGUCUGAUUUCAUUUUAGCAAUCGGUAUAUUUUUACUAAGUCUAAUACAAAUGUUUUUUGAUACAACACGAUCGAUGUUUAUUCAAAGUUCUACUGUCGAACCAAUUAUGAAUAAUGAGCUUUAGUCUUAAAUCUUAAUAUAGUGCUAUUUUGUUUUAAUUUUUUUUGUACCAAUAUUAAUUGUUACAGUUACUUAAACACAUUUUUACAUUUUUUACUGAUUAAAUUCAAUUUCAAAUACAUUAAUUAAUUAUUAUUUUUUAAUAAUAAUUUUGUUUGUUAAAUAAAGACUUCCUUAAGGAUAAUUUUAUAUGCUGUUUAAAUAGUUAAAAUAUAGUAAAAUUAGAUUAAUACUUAAUAUUAUAUUUUUUAUUGUAAAAUAUGAUACUAUUAAAAACUAUUUUACUAAUAACCUCCAAUUAUAGUUUUAUAAAUAUAGUUACUUUAAGAAUUUUUUUUAUCGUUUAUCAUUUUUAUCGUUGUAUUAUUCUAUUUAAAUUCAAAUUAAUUGACUUACAUGACUUAUUAAUUUUUAACCUUGUAACCUAAGAUGUGAUUUAAAUUGAGUUACUGAGUAAGUUUGGAGUUUCUUUUGGGUUUGUUGUGCUAUUGACAUAAUCAAAGAAUAAAUAAAUCAAUAUAUUUUAUAAUUUAUAAAAAAUUGUGAUUGUAUAAAUGUUUUUAAUAAAAAUCAAAAUUUAUAUUGCA